UUCAGCACCGGUGGAACCAACCGUCCCGCCAUCUGGAUCGACACUGGAAUCCAUUCCAGAGAGUGGGUCAACAACCCCUGCUCAGAGACCUACCAUGGACCCAGCGCCCACUCUGAGUCUGAGGUCAAGUCCAUUGUGGACUUUGUGAAGUCCCACGGUAACUUGAAGGCCUUUGUCUCCAUCCAUUCCUACUCCCAGAUGCUCUUGUACCCCUACGGCUACACCGAGACUCCAUGCAAGGACCAGGCCGAGCUGCACAGUCUGGCUAAGAAGGCCAUCACUGACCUGGCCUCCCUGUACGGUACUAGCUACAGAUACGGCAGCAUCAUCAACACCAUCUACCAAGCUAGUGGUAACACCAUUGACUGGACCUACGACAAGGGCAUCAAGUACUCCUACACCUUUGAGCUGAGGGACACCGGUCGUUACGGCUUCAUCCUGCCAGCCAAUCAGAUCAUCCCCACCGCCACGGAGACUUGGCUGGCUCUGAUGGCGAUCAUGGAUCACACCUCCAAGAAUCCCUACUAAUGUGUCUGUGUGUGUGUGUACAAGUGGAGGUCCCUGUGGAGAGGAUAUUGUCGGCAGCUGUCACCGUUAAAAUGUCAUCUUUAAGACUAAUAUUAGAUCAUCAUCAUAUGUCAUUUAGACAAAGUGAAAAAAAAUAAACGUGUACACUGGAAAUAUGCAGUUUCUAUUUCUUUAUGGUUUUAAAGCUUUAUAAUUGGGUUCAUGUUGGGCAUGUCGAACAUUUAUUAUGCACAUUAUUAACAUGUUCAUGUACAUCUGCAUUUCACACCUCUGUAUGCAUUAUUUCCACAUGCUUUAAACCUCUUAUUACAAAGAUUCUCAUCAAUCUUUAUCUGCUUUUAGAAUUAGAAUUCAACUUUAUUG